GCGAAGUGCACGGGGGCCUUGGCGGUCGCUCGUCAGCGCGCGCAAUUCGGUCAUCGCGUCCAACGCGAUGGCCAUGAAAGAUCGCGGGUUUGAGCCCGCGCGCGGCCUCGCAGUCGCCCAGUGCACGAAUGCGUAUAUCAACCCAGCCGCGGGGCGCCCCGUCGGUCGUUGCUACGAGCCCGAUCUUGACGCGCCGUGGUCUCGCCGGAUGCGCCUGGCAACGGUCGCCGCGCUGCCGCGGGGCGCCCCGAAGCGCGCGGCCAGUAGCGAGCGCGUGUUGUCACUGACACACGCGCCCAACUGGCAUUUUCGGCACGCGGUCUGGACGGACAUCUGCACCGAUGUUUCGCCUGCCGCCGUUCAGAAAGCCGAUGCUCGGGGCCUCGCGCAGAGAGGGGGCGCGGGGUGGAUGUCCAGCGGCGCGAAACGCGAGUUUGUGAACGUGCGCGGCAGCAAGAAGGGCUUGGUUCUCGUUGGGAAGGAGCGCGCGCGGGCCCAUGUGAUGCCUGUCCCCGCGCGGGGCAAGUUGCGCCCCGAGUUGUUGGGCUCUGGUUUUGUCGACGAUCAUGACAUUGGGCGGGGCAUCGCGCGCGAGUUCAGGCAGGCCGCGCGCGAGCACAAGCUCAAGGCUUUCCGCGGCGACGACGCAAGUGUCCACCCGGGGCGCUCUGAGGACCUCUGGUGGCCACGCUGGGCUGCCGCGUCGCGGGCGAGGGAGAGGUUGCGGAGCACGCCGCCGACAGAGCCGCGGGCCGAUACCGAGGGGGACUUCGAGGGGCGAUUCAAGGCGGCGGCCGCGCGGGUCAACGCCCGGCAUCAAGUCGACGGCCCGCGCGGGCAGAUUCCGCGGCGCACGCGGGACCUCGCGCGCGCGGUCAAAG